AAGAAAAUGUCAAAUUAUUUUGAUUUGAGGCGAUUUGUUUUGUUUUGAGAAUUUUCUGAAUUUUAUAUCGUCUCGGGAACUAGUUUAUAAGUAGUAAAUGGUAAUCAUCAAUAACAUCAUCCGUAAAGAGUAAAAAAUAACGCUAAACCUGCAUAGGAUUAAUCUCAUAUAACCUCUAACUUCAUCAUCUGUGCAAAACUUAGGUACAAACUUACAAAACAAUGGCUGAUGAAUAUGCUGCUGUAAAACGAGGAAAACUUAUUCUGAAAGGAGACAAACCCAAAGCUAAGAAACGCAAACACAAGAAGACAGAGAAAGCGGAGGUUUCAGAAGUGGACGUAGAUUCCAUGAAGCACGGGGGUUGGUGGACAGUCUCUAGGAUUGAGGAUAUAACUGGGUCGAUAUCAAUAGAGUUUGGGAACAAUUCUUAUAUCUCCGCACUAGACAAUGGCCUGUUUACUAUCGGUGCUCCCCACGGUGACGGAGAAGGCCCGUCUCCUGAGGAGAUAUUCACAGCCUUCCCGGCAGGAGAGAACAAGUUUGCGCUGAAGUCUGGCUAUGGGAAGUACUUGGGAGUGUCCAAAGACGGCUUGGUUAUUGGGAGGUCAGACGCAGUUGGACCUAUGGAGCAGUGGGAACCUGUGUGGCAGGAUGGUAAGGCUUAAUUAUUUUCACACCAUGAAACUAAAUGUUGCAUUUUAGUGAAGAUUUUAAGUAUUAUGUGUAAAGAAUUUUACAAAAGA